AUGGGACAAACCGUAAGCUGUUUACCAUGUUGUAUUUCGUGUAUUGUUCACUAAUGUUUCCUAUGUGUAUGUCAACUGUAGACCUACAGCUAAUCUAAUGUGUGUUUUGUCUUUUUCAGCCAUUCUUUCAGCUGGUAAAGCUACGAAAGCUGGGCCUGAGUGACAACGAGAUCCAGAGGCUUCCUCCAGAGAUAGCCAACUUCAUGCAGCUGGUAGAACUUGAUGUCUCUCGUAAUGGUGAGAAGAGAACUACUGCUCUGAACUAGCAGUGUGACGUUUAAACUGAAUUUGGAUUAACGUUUAGAAAAAAUCCCUAAAUAAAACGUGUUUAAAAAAAAAAAUACUAAAUUACAAUCGCAGUGCAUUUAUCAAAACUACCACUAACAAACAAAUUAAAUAAAAUAAUUGAGGCUGCAAUAUGUAACUUUUUGGGCGACCCAACUAAAUUAACAUAGAAAUGUGAGUUAUAGAUCUGUUAUUCUCAUUGAAAGCAAGUCUAAGAAGCGUUAGAUCUGUUCUAUGUGCGCUAUUUCUAUGCUUCCGGUCUUAAGUUUCGUUUUUGCGUCUUUUGCUUUCGGUUUUUUACACCAGCUGAAAUUAGGAGAACUGUUAGAAUUUUUGCAACCAGGAAAUGGCUGCGCGAUAUCUGCAUAUUGCACCUUUAAACAAACACCUAAUGCAACGAUGCUGUAACGAUAGUAGGAGGAGAUAUGAGUCUUUCAAAUGAUUUGCUGCAGAUAUAAAGCGCUCUGCACGUCAUGCUCGUUAACAGUUGAAAAAAUGGCAGAGCGUGAGACCAGAAAUGACAGCAGCAAAGUCCUGUAUGGCAAUACUUUGAGAAGGUUGUGAAAUGCAAACUUUGUGAGGUGAAAUUGAGCUACAGUGGCAGUACAGGUGCAAUGCUGAAGGGGAGGCACCGUGAGACCCAAUCCAUUGCUGGCAGCAGUGGGAUAAGGGAGUGAGGAUCACAGCGCUGAUUACAGAAAUGAUUGCAGUUGAUAUGCAGCCGUUGUCAAUGGUAGAGGACGUCGGCUUCAAUGUUUCCCUAAUGGCAUGUCUAGAACCAGAUUACAAGAUGCCAUGUCAAAAAACCGUGAUGGCCCGGGUGGAGAAAUUGUACAAUGAUUGCUCUGCAAGUAGCCCUACAAAAGCUCUUAAAUGCCGUACGUGGCGCAACAGAUUGUUGGAUGUCUAUGAACACGCUGUCAUACAUCACUGCAACGAGCCAUCACAUUGAUGAGGAGUGGGACACGAAGUCCCAUGUACUACUGAGAACAUGGAGGAGAGGCACACAACAGAGAACCUAAAACGGCAUUAACUACCAUCGUUGCUGAGUGGGUGGGGGACAGCAGCAAGGGGAGGGCCGUCUGGUAGGGUUUCCACUAGAUAUCACAAAGUCAAAAUUGUCUAUAUCGUAAAAAUUCAUGAAAACAAAAACAUUUUGGUCUUUAAUUUAGGGUUAGGCAUAAGGUUAGCAGUGUGGUUAAAGUUAGGGUUAAGGUUAGGUUUAAAAUCACAUUUUAAGAAGAGAAAUUGUAGAAAUAGGUGGGGUUUAUGACUUUGUGGCUGUGUUAACUAGUGACGACCGUCGUAGCCAGCCAGUUCUGUGGUAGAUUGAACUGCAUUGCCCCUUAGCGGUCAUAUGCAGGACCAUAUCUGAAUUGUGAAUUCACAUAAUUUUAAAGAUUUUUUUUCUUAUCGUUUGAAAUGGCAGUUUAAACGUUAAGAUUUUUAAAACAUUAGUCAAAUCCCUACUCUAAACACUCAGUUGGAGGGAUUUUCAGCCCCACCAAACAGGUCUAAACUCGCAUUGAUUCAACCACUGGUACUAUGAAUGAACAGACAUUUUAAAACGCCUGCUAUUUUGAUAACGCCUCAGUUGUUAUGACUAGGCUCUUUGUUAGAAAAUGCAGUAAGUGCUAGACAAGCAAUAGAAGAAUCUUAAACCACCAGGAAAAUUGCAAUUGGCUCAGAACAGGGCAGCACGGCUGGCCCUUGGAUGUACACAGAGAGCAAACAUGUCAAUCUCUCCUGGCUCAAAGUGGAGGAGAGAUUGACUUCAUCACUACUUGUAUUUGUGCGAGGGAUUGACAUGUUGAAUGCACCGAGCUGUCUGUUUAAACUACCGGCACACAGCUCGGACACCCAUGCAUACCCCACAAGACAUGCCACGAGAUGUCUCUUCACAGUCCCCAAGUCAAGAACAGACUAUGGGAGGCGCACAGUACUACAUAGAGCCAUGACUACAUGGAACCCUAUUCCAUAUCAAAUAACUCAUGCCAGCAGUAAAAUUAGAUUUAAAAAACCGGAUAAAAAUACACUUUAUGGAACAGCGGGGACUGUGAAGCAACACUAACAUAGACACAUGCAUACAAACACAUGAUAACAUACACACUAUACACACAUGUACACAUGGAUUUUGUGUUAUAGAUAUGUGGUAGUAGAGUAGAGGCCUGAGGGGGCACACUUAAUAUGUUGUGAAAUCUGUUAUGAAUGUAUUGUAAUGUUUUUAAAAUUGUAUAACUGCCUUAAUUUUGCUGGACCCUAGGAAGAGUAGCUGCUGCCUUGGCAGGAACUAAUGGGGAUCCAUAAUAAAUAAAAAUACAGCACUAUCCAUCCCCUUCACUGUACAGACCCAACAUAUUUUCAGAGCCACAUUGGUGUGGUUUCUCCCACAACGUCUGGACUAAAAGGGUUAACAUUCCUCAAAGAGAGCUGCUAUCGCAGAGCUUCCCAGUAGGACCAAAUCCAGAAUGCUAAUUAUGUUGAUUAUAGAAGUUCAAAAGGCAGUUUCACAUGCAGCUCUAUGUUUGGCGCAACAACCAUGAUCAUUUUGUGGCGACUCUAAAUAUACUUUUCUCCUUUAUGGCUAUCUAUUAACAUUGCGUCUGGAGCACUAGCUUUAAGUGGAAUGCCUAGUUGGAUGGAUGUUCUGAACUAUGUUGUAAUCUUGACUGAGGGACGUCAUAGUUUUAUAGUUGGACAAGAAAUCUUAGGCCUGGCUAACAAAACCCAGUCUUCUUUUUAUGCCAGUGUUUAGUGUAUUGUUUCUCAGUACCAUUUACAGUGUGUGUUGAUCAAGAUGUUUCUAACAUGUAUUUAUUACCUCUCUCAUAUAGACAUCAUGGAAAUUCCAGAGAGCAUUUCGUACUGCAAAGCUCUCCAAGUAGCAGACUUUAGUGGAAACCCAUUAACAAGGUAACUGAACUUUGAAUUCAUGUCUCCAUAAAUGUUUAGCGAAUGGGAGGGAUAACAAAACAGACGUACAGUAGUGUAGUAUCACUAUAGAAGGUUAUAUGUAGGAACUGCAUGACAACUUCAACAUAGAGGAAGAAUCGUUCGAACACUAGCAGACCAUUGUAAACAAGAACUAUACUGGGAUGAAAAUGCACUUUUAUAUAGGUACGUCUUCAGACACGCUAGUUAAAGUAAAAAAAUAUGAUUCAAUUAGCAUUAACUAGUUAUUUAAGUUAAUGAAUGUAAUUGUAUGGGAUAUUUUUUUGCCCCAGUUUUCCUCUCAGCUGUCUCAUGCAGAGGAGGCUGGUGGGAGGAGCUAUAGGAGGAUGGGGCUCAUUGUAGUGGCUAGAAUGGAAUACAUGGAACAGAGUCAAACAUGUGGUUUCCAUAUGUGUGAUACCGUUCCAUUUAUUCCAUUCCAGCCAUUACAAUGACCCCGUCCCCCUAUAGCGCGUCCCACCAGCCGCCUCUGGUCUCCUGGUGAGGUCUGUGUUUAAUUUGCACCCCAGUGGAGGCAAAGCCACGAUGCCAUAUGGUUCAGUUUGGGACUGGCCAUGCACUGGGCUGUGUGAUUAGCUUAACUACACUGGUACUGUACAUAUGGCCUACAUCAGGGCUAUUCAACUCUUACCCUACGAGAUCCGGAGCCUGCUGGUUUUCUGUUCUACCUGAUAAUUAAUUGCACCCACCUGGUGUCUAAAUCAGUCCCUGAUUUAGAGGGUAACAAUGAAAAAAUGCAGUGGAACUGGCUUCGAGAUCCAGAGUUGAGUUUGAGGGGCCUGGAUGUUCUUGUUAGAAAGCUUUACAGCUACUCAGUUCCCGAGGAAGAGAAUAUAUAGCUGGCACUCUGUGACUGACCUGCAGAUGAUACAAUAUGGUUAAGCGUUGUGAUUUGGAAUGAAAUGUGGCCAGGCAUUACAACCCACAAAUAAAACUUUCACACUCCCACACUGAGAUUGUCUCUGGGUGACCAUUUUAGAUAUGAGUGGGUGGCAGGUAGCCUGAUAGUUUAAGAGCUUUUGGCCAGUAAUCGAAAGGUUGCUGGUUUGAAUCCUCGAGUCGACUAAGUGAAAAAUCUGUCAAUGUGCCCUUGAGCAAGGCACUUAACCCUAAUUGCUCCUGUAAGUCGCUGUGGAUAAAAAAUGUAAAUGUCUCUGGGUGACCAUUUUUAGAUAGGAGUGAAUCAAGUCAUGAAGGCUUAAAACCAUAAUAUAUCAAAUGGAAAGAAGUUAGUUCCUGUUGAUUGAAAACACUUUCCUGUCAGAGAGGAAAGUAGUUGGCCUAUAUCAACUUUAUAGUAUAUUUUAUGGAUGUUUCCUUACUGCCUAUUAAUACAGUCAGAUCCAUAGAUUUUCAAGAAUCUGCAUCCAUUUAUUUGAAUCUGCAAAGAUCUGAUUAUAUUUGAAUGCCUCUCUGGUUUUUCCAGAUUGCCUGAGAGUUUUCCAGAGCUCCGGAAUUUAACAUGCCUUUCCAUCAAUGACAUUUCAUUGCAGGCUCUUCCCGAAACCAUUGGAAAGUAAGUACCUCAUCCUUUUAGUCUUUUUUUAUUUAUUUUUAUUGCUUCAUAGUCCUUUCAUACAGAAGUAUUAUUUUCUAUAUGAAUCAUAUUUAAAAUAAUAAUAAUAUAAUAUAUUGGUCAUUUUUAUGAAGAUUCAGUGUAUAAUUUCACAAAGGGACAAGAAUGGUGUUAUUGGAUUUAUGGCAGAUACAUUUACAGGGGUAGUUUUAUCAGCAAGUUCUGCUUCUUUCCUGUCCUCUAUCCCCAGUGGCCCUGUUUAAUUUCCUGUGUAAUUUUCUCCAGCGUGCCAUGUUCCCUGAUGUUUCACUUGCAGAAGAAUGCCAGCCCUCUCUCCCUUCAGAUAACGGCUUAAUAUGGCACAGAGCAACUAGUGUAAAACUAAACGGAGCUCUGUUUUGAUUUGACAUAUUGCUGUAAAUUAGGGAUGACUUACAUGAUUAGCAUAGCCUUAGAUGAUUAAUACACAGAUGGUAUUUUGAAGAAUGAUUCAGCCUUGGUUUUCUCUCUCUUUGAUUAGUAGGUCUAGAUUAUAGACUUUAAGUAAUGUUACAUUCAUUGCGCUCAGCUCGAUGAAGUCCUAUUAAAGCUGUGUUGAUCUGUGAGUUACCAUGGUGACCUAGUAAGAGCUCGGUGACAGUUGGUGUGAGAAGACGGACCUACUCGUGAAUAAAUGCAGAGCAUUAGGCCAUAUUGAUUGUUCAUCCAUUCACUCACUCUCUCAUCUAGCUGUAGAGGACUGAAAUGUUAUCAUCACAUGAGGUUGUACACAAAAGGGGUAGGCUUUAUGGAUUUGUAGAAAAAAACACUUUUCUACACCUCUGUUAAUCUCUCGUGGACAGGCGCACGUAACAUAAAUGGUAUCGUACUGUCUGUCAACAGAUUGUAGGAUGCGACAACUAAGGAGGAACUUUGUUCAGAUUUUUCGUCACAGAUCAUUUAAACAAAUCAACAUUUCAAAGGUGUUCGCAUCUUUCGAAUUUCCGAAGUGAAGGGGACAUUUGGCCCAUUGACUAACUUCAGAUAGAGGGGGUGGCGCUACCGCUCUGCCUCUGCCCCUCGUUCUAGUAUGUUUUCAACAUACUUUUUAGUACCAUGUUUCCGAAAUUAUGAUUAUCGAUGUCGCCGGCUAUCCCCUCACCGAGACACCACUGUAGUAGCUGCAUUUGUAAAUCAUCCAGCAUUGAUAUACCAUAUCAGUGUUGUUGCACUUGAGCCAUUGAUCUAUGCUCUUACUUUCACAGUAGAUUUGACAGAUGGAUUUCUCUAUUGGCUUUCCUCUGGAUCUGACUCCCAUGCAGAGUGGUUUAGAGGGCUCAGCGAUAACAGAUCAGUUUUCAGAGCUAUCUCGUCCACCUCCCGAUGGUAUGGCAUUGGCUUCUACCUCCGCCAAAGGCGUGUGUACCAUACAGAUGUUAGAUCUUAAUUUGAUCACUCUUUUGUUGCUGAGAAUUUUCCUGCAUCGCAGGAAAGGCAGAUUAAUUCACUGAAAAUCCACACUAACACACGGUUAUAUUAAUAGUAUUGCAUUUGUCAUGUAGUCUAAUUUUGGCCAGAUAAUAGCCUAACCACUGAUCAAGCAACAUUAUGGAUUAACGUUCAAAUCCUGUUGCUGCAGGAAUAUUUUGCUGCGACAAUACGGGUCAAAUUAAGAUCCUACAUCUAUCUGACUUGCAUAACUCAAUGAGCCUGGGCCUGUCAGUAUUUGCCCUCACAAAUAGGGGAGUUAAUGACUGAGGACUAUAACACGGUUGAAAAACAAGUUAGUGUGGCUCAACAAAGCAUGCAGCUCCACGUCAUAGGGGUGAAUGGCACUGACACCUUAUCAACCCAACAUGGUAAUGGUCAGCUGGCUGGCCCUGGAAUGUAUGGCCUAGUGAGCGCUUAUUUGCUCAUCCUGCAGCAUGUUGUGAAUGAUUUGGUUGGCUCUCUGGGUCAUCUGAAAUGCUAGGGCUAAAACUGCAAGCAUCAGAGCUAGAAGAGAUUUCUCUCUGUCCUUUUUUAAAUCUGGCCCAGUAACCUCAACUUUGUGACAGGGGGGAUCACACCAAGAAGAUCUAGACAGACCCAGUCGGUUUAGUCACCGCAGAGGGUUAACCUGUCAUUCAGGGGAGAAUGCGUAUAGAUUAAGAAGAAUGCUACUCUGUUUAUCCCUCCGUUUGAGACUUCAUGGCGCACAUUUAUUACUUUACUCCCAUUAUUAAUGUUAUUCAGAUACCAAAGAACAGACUGUCAACUGUCCUUUCUCUAUUAAAAGCUCCCGAGCCAUUAGACCAUUCAAAUUGUAUUACUUGUUAAAGGAUUUUUUUUCAGUAUACUGUCACUGAAUGAAAUGCACCAUUUAAUGCUGUCAGUGCUUAAUUUGUAACUCGGGAGGUGCCAGAACAAAAAGUGAGCGCGAGAGGAUAUUGACCUGAGGGGCUCUGAGGUACCGGAACGCAUGAAAAGAAAAUCCAAUUUAUAAUAAAGCAUUGCAUGCAUAUUGCAUUUGCGUGGUGGCAUAGAGGAGUAGAGGCACUUGCAGAAGUUGCACACAUGGGGAAACAUUUUUGUAACCUAAGGUCUGGGGAAGAAUGUGGCCUUUUUAUACAGUUGUAGUCGGAAGUUUACAUACACUUAGAUUGGAGUCAUUAAAACUAGUUUUUCAACCACUCCACAAAUUUCUUGUUAACAAACUAUGGUUUUGGCAAGUCUGUUAGAACAUCUACUUUGUGCAUGACACAAGUAAUUUUUCCAACAAUUGUUUACAGACAGAUUAUUUCACUUAUAAUUCACUGUAUCACAAUUCCAGUGGGUCAGAAGUUUACAUACACUACGUUGACUGUGCCUUUUAAACAGCUUGGAAAAUUCCAGAAAAUGAUGUCAUGGCUUUAGAAGCUUCUGAUAGGCUAAUUGACAUCAUUUGAGUCAAUUGGAGGUGUACCUGUGAAUGUAUUUCAAGGCCUACCUUCAAACUCAGUGCCUCUUUGCUUGACAUCAUGGGAAAAUCAAAAGAAAUCAGCCAAGACCUCAGAAAAAAUAUUGUAGACCUCCACAGGUCUGGUUCAUCCUUGGGAGCAAUUUCCAAAUGCCUGAAGGUACCACGUUCAUCUGUAUGAACAAUAUUACGCAAGUAUAAACACCAUGGGACCACGCAGCCGUCAUACCGCUCAGGAAGGAGAUGCGUUCUGUCUCCUAGAGAUGAACGUACUUUGGUGCGAAAAGUGCAAAUCAAUCCCAGAACAACAGCAAAGGAUCUUGUGAAGAUGCUGGAGGAAACAGGUACAAAAGUAUCUAUAUCCACAGUAAAACGAGUCCUAUAUCGACAUAACCUGAAAGGCCGCUCAGCUAGGAAGAAGCCACUGCUCCAAAACCACCAUAAAAAAGCCAGACUACGGUUUGCAACUGCACAUGGGGACAAAGAUCGUACUUUUUGGAGAAAUGUCCUCUGGUCUGAUGAAACAAAAAUAGAACUGUUUGGCCAUAAUGACCAUUGUUAUGUUUGGAGGAAAAAGGGUGCGGCUUGCAAGCCGAAGAACAUCAUCCCAACCGUGAAGCACGGGGGUGGCAGCAUCAUGCUGUGAGGGUGCUUUGCUGCAGGAGGGACUGGUGCACUUCACAAAAUAGAUGGCAUCAUGAGGAAGGAAAAUUUAUGUGGAUAUAUUGAAGCAAAAUCUCAAUACAUCAGUCAGGAAGUUAAAGCUUGAUUGCAAAUGGGUCUUCCAAAUGGAAAAUGACCCCAAGCAUACUUCCAAAGUUGUGGCAAAAUGGCUUAAGGACAACAAAGUCAAGGUAUUGGAGUGGCCAUCACAAAGCCCUGACCUCAAUCCUAUAGAACAUUUUUGGGCAGAACUGAAAAAGCGUGUGCGAGCAAGGAGGCCUACAAAUCUGACUCAGUUACACCAGCUCUGUCAGGAGGAAUGGGCCAAAAUUCACCCAACUUAUUGUGGGAAGCUUGUGGAAGGCUACCUGAAACGUUUGACCCAAGUUAAACAAUUUAAAGGCAAUGCUACCAAAUACUAAUUGAGUGUAUGUAAACUUCUGACCCACUGGGAAUGUGAUGAAAGAAAUAAAAGCUGAAAUAAAUCAUUCUCUACUAUUAUUCUGACAUUUCACAUUCUUAAAAUAAAGUGGUGAUCCAAACUAACUUAAGACAGGUAAUUUUUACUAGGAUGAAAUGCAUUUCAUGCAAUUCCAGGUCAUUUUACAUGACUGGAGACUUUAGCUAAAUAUAUUUUAAUACCGCACAAAUUAUCGAAAUGACAGGCUACUUUGACACUGAGAAUCUGAGCUCAAUAAAAUGACCUUGUCUUGAAUCCAUCAAUAGCCUAGGCGAUGCUUUAAUGCCAAAAGCCUAUAUCUCUCGUCUUGUUUUACUUUGUAAAACAAUGCUGUUCGCGCAUUAGGCCUAUUUGGAAGUUAAUAAAAUAUUUUGGUAGCCUACAGACAGAUUAGUCUUCUCUUUUCACCAGGAGCCAUUUGCUUUCCAACCUGUGUUUUCCCGCUAUUGUAUUAGAAAUAUUUGGUAAGGCCUGUUUUGGCUGCAUGCUGUUCACUGACAGAUUUGCGGCGUGUUCCCGACUGUAGGCUAUGUCUUGUGAUUGGGCUACACACAAUCCACAGCUAGGCAAUAAAAAAAUAAAACAUAUUGAUCAUCUGUGGCUAAAUGUAUAAGCCUCCUCCUGGUGUAGUAUUCUGAAUGUGUUAAUUUCUUUCUGAACAGACAGCAGUAAUUCUAUAACUUUGGCAAAUGUAUUUAAAUUGUUCAGGGGUGCUGCAGCACCUCCAGCCCAGUUAUGAGGAAAUAAAUGAAGUUCAACGCUGGAGAGAUGAGUUGCAGAGUGGAGAGAGAUCAUAGAAAGUGAAUCUUAUUCUAAUUCUGUGAGAGAUACAGGCACGCUAGUCUCUCACCGCAGCAACAGCCACGGGUUGGUCUCUAGGCAAUGUUGCACAAACCAUAAAACCAGGCCGGCCCAACCUGAAUCAAUUCUUAGAACAUCAGGCGAGAGAAUUACAGAGUAGGCAACUCAAAUGAACUCUGAUCGCUUUUAUUAGAAUGUGCUUUUAUUAGAACGUUCCGGCAGGACCCGGCUCAAAUUAAGCACGGACUUUAUCAUAACCUAAGGGUAAUUCAAUUAUCUCGGUUGUUAUUCCUUUCAGUUGAAACAACAUUGAAAACAUUACCUCUACACACUGAUCAAGACACACACACCAUUACGUAGUGAGUGUAAGUGGACAGGCCAGUUUAAACAUGUUUUUAUAGAGUGCCAUACUGUAUCAUGGUCUAUUAAUGUUAUAUUCUUUAACUAGGUCUAAAUGAACAGUCUGACAUGCACCUUGCUAAAGUACACCUUUUUAUUAUUUUAUUUUUUUGCUGUACUUUGAGACCGGAAAUCAUAACUGCUGAGACUUCAAUCGUAGCAUUGUGUCUACUAAGUUAAGGCCAUGCUUUAUAUAGCUAGAUUACUUUUUGUGCCAUUUGAUUCGCAAUAAGCCACAAUUGAUUUCUGGCUUUAAUGUUCCAGUCCACAAGAUUUAGAGAUUCCUCUGUGCUUAAUGUAACUAAUGCAAUAAGGCCUACAGUUCACCACUGACGAUGUCCAAGCCGUAUCUCCUGAGAGUUGCAGGAGUGAGUCACAUCACUUUACCACCCACCGUCAGCUGGUAUCAAAAGAGCUGUAAUUAUUUGAAUACCUUUCUUGCAGGUCACUAUCAGAUGGAAGCAAAUAUGGCAAGAAAUGUCUAGUUACAGAUUUUGCAUACUGUUUUAUUUAUUUUAGUUUAUAUAUACAAUACCAGUCAAAAGUUUGGACACACCUACUCGUUCAAGGGAUUUUCCAUUAACUGUUACUGUUAUUACUGUUUUCAUUUUGUUAUUAGUUUUUUUUAAACAUUUUUUUUUACCUGAGCUACACACUUCCUCUGUUGUGAUUACUAAAUGAAAUCAUUUCCCUUUCUUUGGGGAUCAAAUAUAUUACCUCAGCCAUGAUUUUAGAUGGUGUUCGUGCUCCUAAAAGCCUUAAUUCUUGCAAAUCAUAGACUGUCCAAGAAGGCUUCAAUCAGUAAUCCUCAUAAAAAGGACAAAUAUAUUUGCUUUUUUUUGUGUAGGGUUUUCUGUUCGUGAUAAUCUGGGGACAAUAACAAACAGCCACUUCUCUUUUGACUGUCUCCACAGCCUCUCCAACUUGGUGUCACUGGAACUCAGAGAGAACCUGCUGACAUAUUUACCAGAGUAAGUACUUCCCUAGAUACAGUGCAUUCAGAAAGUAUUCAGACCCCUUCACUUUUUCCACAUUUUGUUACGUUACAGCCUUAUUGUAAAAUGGUUGAAAUAGUUUUUUCCCCCCUCAUCAAUCUACACACACUACCCUAUAAUGACAAAGCAAAAACAGGUUUUUAGAAAUGUUAGCAAAAAAAUAAACAGAAAACAGAAAUAUCACAUUUUACAUAAGUAUUCAGACCCUUUACUCAGUACUUUGUUGAAGCACCUUUUGCAGCGAUUACAGCCUUGAGUCUUCUUGGGUAUGAUGCUACAAACUUAGCACACUUGUAUUUGGGGAGUUUCUCCUAUUCUUCUCUGCAGAUCCUCUCAAGCUCUGUCAUGUUGGAUGGGGAGCAUAGCUGCACAGCUAUUUUCAGGUCUCUCCAGAGAUGUUUGAUCGGGUUCAAGUCCGGGCUCUGGCUUGGCCACUCAAGGACAUUCAGAGACUUGUCCCGAAGCCACUUCUGCAUUGUCUUGGCUGUGUGCAUAGGGUCGUUGUCCUGUUGGAAGGUGAAUCUUCACCCCAGUCUGAGGUCCUGAGCGCUCUGGAGCAGGUUUUCAUCAAGGAUCACUUUGUACUUUGGUCCGUUCAUCUUUCCUUCGAUUCCGACUAGUCUCCCAGUCCCUGCCGCUGAAAAACAUCCCCACAGCAUGAUGCUGCCACCACCAUGAUUCACCAUAGGGAUGGUGCCAGGUUUCCUCCAGACAUGACGCUUGGCAUUCAGGCCAAAGAGUUCAAUUUUGGUUUCAUCAGACAAGAUAAUCUUGUUUCUCAUGGUCUUAGUCUUUAGGUGCCUUUUGGCAAACUCCAAGCGGGCUGUCAUGUGCCUUUUUACUGAGGAGUGGCUUCCGUCUGGCCACUACCAUAAAGGCCUGAUUGGUGGAGUGCUGAAGAGAUGGUUGACCUUCUGGAAGGUUCUCCCAUCUCCACAGAGGAACUCUGGAGCUCUGUCAGAGUGACCAUCGGGUUCUUGGUCACCUCCCUGACCAAGGCCCUUCUCCCCCGACUGCUCAGUUUGGCCAGGUGGCCAGCUCUAGGAAGUCUUGGUGGUUCCAAACUUCUUCCAUUUAAGAAUGAUGGAGGCCACUGUGUUCUUGGGGAUCUUCAAUGCUGCAGAAAUGUGUUGGUACCCUUCCCUAGAUCUGUGCCUCGACACAAUCCUGUCUCGGAGCUCUACAAUUCCUUCGACCUCAUGGCUUGGUUUUUGCUCUGACAUGCACUGUCAACUGUGGGACCUAAUAUAGACAGGCGUGUUCCUUUCCAAAUCAUGUCCAAUCAAUUGAAUUUACCACAGGUGGACUCCAAAUUAAGUUGUAGAAACUUCUCAAGGAUCAUCAAUAGAAACAGGAUGCACCUGAGCUCAAUUUCGAGUCUCAUAACAAAGAGUUUGAAUACUUAUGUAAAUAAGGUAUUUCCGUUUUUGUUUUAAUACAUUUGCAAAAAAUUCUAAACCUGUUUUUGCUUUGUUAUUUUGGGGUGUUGUGUGUAGUUUGAUGAGGAAAAACAUGUAUUUAAUCAAUUUUAGAAUAAGGCUGUAACGUAACAAAAUGUGGAAAAAGUGAAGGGGUCUGAAUACUGUAUGUUUCAGGGCAAAUAUUAAUUGAAGGCACAAGACGACUAGGCCUACUUUAUCAGUCCAUCAGAGACGGAGAUUGUUCUUUUGCCCUGCUCCCAACCCCCUAGACAUCUGUGUUCCACAAAUGCUCUGAUAGUGCCACCCAUUCCCCUGAAAAGGGAUGACAUGAAGUUAAGUCUGUGUGGCUACAUUACAAGCAUGUAGCCAAUUAGACUGUGGGUAGACCACAGAUGAAGCCUUAUGUCUUUCACAUGACAUACAUUAUAUACAAGAUUAUAUUUAGACUUUAGAGUUGAUAUUGAACGCAGUGUGCUCUUUGAAGAGUUGUCUGUCUUCAGUCAAUGCUCUACCAGGGUUCUCCUCAGGAUUGUGUAACAAGGUGGUGUUGUUCAGUACACUGCCCCCCUUUUGGACUUUUUUAAAACACCUAUAACUGCCAUUUCCUGCAGUCUAUAGCAAAACAUUGCCUUAUAUGAUGAUAAAUAAAGUUAAAAACAAUAUAUUUGUUUUACAUAGUAGCGCAACGCCUCACUUCCAUUCUUUGGGGAGAACCCUGUAAACUUUUAUGUUGGCACAACAACAGUCUCCUGCUGAAUAUUUAACCGUCUCACUGCUUGGUAUGUGGCCAAUACAUUUUAACAUGGUUAAAAUUAAACAGCAGUGAAACAGACCUAGAAUGAGAAGUAGAUCAAAUGUACAUCCGUCACUGUAUAAUGUGUUUCUGUUGCAAAGUCUAGGCCUCUACAGUAUGUCAUGUUUUAUCACAUUUAUAACGCCUCUUGUGCAUUCCACAGGUCACUAUCGCUACUUCACAGACUUGAAGAACUUGACCUAGGGAACAAUGAAAUUUACAAUUUGGUGAGUUUAUCUGACUUGUUUGCAAGUACACUUGAUCUCAGUAAGGAUGUUGAUUUGUGGGGAGAACAUUCAAACUGAAGAAAACAAUGUGCCAAGCUAAACAUGCAGAGAAUGUGCAGCACUCAAAUCUCACUCAACACUUUUCUUGUUAUUACAUUACAUUUUAGUAAUUUAGCAGACGCUCUUAUCCAGAGCGACUUACAGUUAGUGCAUACAUUAUGUGAAACAUAAUUGGGAGUACUGAUACAGAUACCUGUCUUAUCAUUUUGAAGGGGUAGUGUGACAGGGGCGUUUAGUUUUGACGUUAUAGUCUGUUACAACAGAAUGUCAGGUUUAAUGUUUAUGCAAAGGUAACUCUGAGACGGAGACAGUCCCUAUGAGAUGAACUGAAACCAGAUCAGCCUAGGGAAUGACAGUUUACACAUGGUUGAAAUUCUUCCUCAGUCACCUGUGUAAAAAUUCUUCUUCUCCAAAAGCAACGAAAACGGUAUCUCUACACAGGGCCGCGUCGGAGAGUCUACUAUCUCGGUCUAGCGUAAGUAGAUCCAGCCAAAUAGGGAUACGAGACGCGAGCGAGAGAGAUAGGAGAGGACCUGCGGAGCUCUCGAGCGAGAGCGCGAGGAGAGAGAAGAUAGCGAAGAGAGAGAGAGCGGAGAGAGGAGAGCUACGUGAGCGCGGAGAGAGCGAUGAGAGACGAGGAGAGACGAGAGCGAGAGCGAGCGAAGAGAGAGCGAGCCUAGCGCGUAGAGAGAGAGCUAGAGCUAUCUCUCUAUCUCGCGCUAUCUCUGCUCUCCUCUCUCUCUCUCUCUCUCUCUCUCUCUCUCUCUCUCUCUAUCUCUCUCUCUCUCUCUCUCUCUUCUCCUCUCCUUUUUGGACCUCCCCAACCAUGCUUCCUCCCCACGCAGCCUGAAACAAUAGGCUGUCUUGUCAGCUUAAAGAACUUGUGGCUGGAUGGAAACCAGUUGGCUGAAAUACCUGCAGUAAGAUAUUUUAAAGAUGUUUGCACUAAUAAUUUUAUUUUUUUGCCUUAAUAUUGCAGUUGAACGUGGUUAUGGUUUGAUUCCCCAAAAAGUAAAAGGCUCCCACCCGUUUUAAAACAUUGGAUGUGCUUAAACUAAAUUAAUAUUGCGACUUGUGUUGAUAUAAUGCAAUCACAAGAGAUGCACCAUUAUUGUUAAGUGCUAACACGGACUGGGAAAUGUAUUUGUGGCCAAAUGUAUAAUUGAAAUGUGUUCAACCUGUAGGAGAUAGGCAGCAUGAAAAGCCUCCUGUGUCUAGACGUAUCAGAGAACAAGCUGGAGCACCUUCCAGAGGAGAUGGGUGGCCUGGUCUCCCUUACUGACCUGCUGGUGUCCCAGAACCUCAUCGAUGCUCUGCCAGAGGGCAUAGGUCAGCACGCUACUGCACUCUACUCCACCAUAGUGUCUGUGAGACGUUUGUGUGCAUGCCAUUUUUUUUUUUUAUCUGUUCAGAUUAACUUCCUGUUAAUGCUCAGUUUACAUUAAUGUUAAUCACAGUUUUGACCCAAUCAGUAUGGGUCAACAUUCGUGACAUGGUAAAACAAGUGACCAAUAACAACCAUGGUUUUACCAAAAAGGUUGAGGUUAAUCACAUGAUAAAGAGUCCACAUUUGGUAACAUAACUGACUCAACACAGGUGAUGUGGCCCUAGGGCACAAUAUAACGGAUGAAUGGAAAAUGAAGUCAUUAAAUCCAUUUAGCAUUAUUUUAUGUUAUAUAUAUUUUUACAAAUGUUAAUUUUUUUUCCGAUAAAAAAAAAAAGAAAAAAAAAGAAAACCGAGAUACAAACAUUGACAUUCAUUGUAGUGUUGAAAAGGAAUCGCAAAAUGUUAUGUUUUAUUAAUCUGUAAUAUGUUGUUUCAUUAGCCAUAGCCCAUAGGCUCUGGUGUUGGUGCCAAUUAACUUACUUGUUUUAUGAAUGAUAUUGAUUGCCAUGCUAUCCUGACUACCCUCAUGUAUAUGUCUGCAUCACAGUAAGUAACACUUUUUCUUUUUUGUUCUACAGGAAAACUAAGGCGACUGUCUAUAUUGAAAGCAGACCAGAAUCGUCUUGCCCAGCUGCCAGAGAGCAUUGGCAACUGUGAGAGUCUCACUGAACUGAUGCUCACAGAGAAUCAGUUACAGGUGGGUUUUUGAUAGCGCUGUACUUCCUCGUAUAUACAGUGGGGAGAACAAGUAUUUGAUACACUGCCGAUUUUGCAGGUUGUCCUACUUACAAAGAAUGUAGAGGUCUGUAAUUUUUAUCAUAGGUACACUACAACUGUGAGAGACGGAAUCUAAAACAAAAAUCCAGAAAAUCACAUUGUAUGAUUUUUAAGUAGUGAAUUUGCAUUUUAUUGCGUGACAUAAGUAUUUGAUACAUCAGAAAAGCAGAACUUAAUAUUUUGUACAGAAACUUUUGUUUGCAAUUACAGAGAUCAUACGUUUCUUGUAGGUCUUGACCAGGUUUGCACACACUGCAGCAGGGAUUUGGCCCACUCCUCCAUACAGACCUUCUCCAGAUCCUUCAGGUUUCGGGGCUGUCGCUGGGCAAUACGGACUUUCAGCUCCCUCCAAAGAUUUUCUAUUGGAUUCAGGUCUGGAGACUGGCUAGGCCACUCCAGGACCUUGAGAUGCUUCUUACGGAGCCACUCCUUAGUUGCCCUGGCUGUGUGUUUCGGGUCGUUGUCAUGCUGGAAGACCCAGCCAUGACCCAUCUUCAAUGCUCUUACUGAGGGAAGGAGGUUGUUGGCCAAGAUCUCGCGAUACAUGGCCCCAUCCAUCCUCCCCUCAAUACGGUGCAGUCGUUCUGUCCCCUUUGCAGAAAAGCAUCCCCAAAGAAUGAUGUUUCCACCUCCAUGCUUCACGGUUGGGAUGGUGUUCUUGGGGUUGUACUCAUCCUUCUUCUUCCUCCAAACACGGCGAGUGGAGUUUAGACCAAAAAGCUCUAUUUUUGUCUCAUCAGACCACAUGACCUUCUCCCAUUCCUCCUCUGGAUCAUCCAGAUGGUCAUUGGCAAACUUCAGACGGGCCUGGACAUGCGCUGGCUUGAGCAGGGGGACCUUGCGUGCGCUGCAGGAUUUUAAUCCAUGACAGCAUAGUGUGUUACUAAUGGUUUUCUUUGAGACUGUGGUCCCAGCUCUCUUCAGGUCAUUGACCAGGUCCUGCCGUGUAGUUCUGGGCUUAUCCCUCACCUUCCUCAUGAUCAUUGAUGCCCCACGAGGUGAGAUCUUGCAUGGAGCCCCAGGCCGAGGGUGAUUGACCGUCAUCUUGAACUUCUUCAAUUUUCUAAUAAUUGCGCCAACAGUUGUUGCCUUCUCACCAAGCUGCUUGCCUAUUGUCCUGUAGCCCAUCCCAGCCUUGUGCAGGUCUACAAUUUUUUCCCUGAUGUCCUUACACAGCUAUCUGGUCUUGGCCAUUGUGUAGAGGUUGGAGUCUGUUUGAUUGAGUGUGUGGACAGGUAUAUUUUUAUACAGGUAACGAGUUCAAACAGGUGCAGUUAAUACAGGUAAUGAGUGGAGAACAGGAGGGCUUCUUCUGGAUUUUAGUUUUAGAUUCCGUCUCUCACAGUUGAAGUGUACCUAUGAUAAAGAUUACAGACCUCUACAUGCUUUGUAAGUAGCAAAAACCUGCAAAAUCGGCAGUGUAUCAAAUACUUGUUCUCCCCACUGUACAUAUUGUUGUGAGGGCAGGUUUGAUAACUUAGACCGAAUUACUUUUUAUUUUAUGUAAUCGAAAUCAAAAGACACAACUGUUUCAGCCAACAACAAGCAUAUCAAUUUAUGUGCUAACAAGGUCAAAACAUUGUGUCCUCUUUUGCUACUGUUGAUUUCUACAGUACUAAUUACCCACCUCUGAUGGCUGUACUCUUCUGUCCUUGGAAAGACCUUGUGACCUACAGUACAGCAGGACACAUUUAUUUUUCGUUCUGAAGGGAUGCAUCUCCUGUUAUCUUGUAACCUUUGACCUUUGUUAUGCCCUUGGUCUUCACUUCCUAAUAUGCUAAAAACAUCUAAGUGUGCGCCAGGGACUUAUCCUCACUUUGGCACUAACCAAUUAGAUUUGUUUAUUUCAUCCUGACAGUAGAACUGUUCAAGUAAUCCCCAUGCUGGGCCACAAGCCAGUCAAGUGUCACUGCAAUAACCAUUAUUGUAUGUGCAAAAUCUAGAUGUUGAAUUCAUUAUUUCUUACUGAUCAUUUCCCUCUUUAGAGUUUGCCAAGAAGUAUUGGAAAACUAAAGAGACUCUCCAACUUCAACUGUGAUAGAAACCGACUAGCGUCAUUACCAAAAGAGGUAUGCUAUGGUCUUUCCACAUGUAGUCCUUUGAAGCAAAUAAGUAUUGUGAGACUUGUUGAUGAAUGUUAGGUCCUUCCUGCUUCAAAGGGCACCACAGUCCAUAGUCUACUGUAUUAUGGGCUAAGCUGUUGUUAUCUUGGCUUUAUCUUGUACAUGCUUUAUGUUAUGAGGACAUGAUGCCUCUUCAUUUCAGUUUAUUUCUGUGAUAAAAUAAAAAGGGCUUGUUUGAUGGCUCAGAAAGUUUGACUCAUCUUCCUUUUGUGAUUUUGCAAUAUAUAUCACAUUUGUGAUGCAGCAGUGAAGUUGCUCCAUAGUACAUUGAUUUACAACACAGUUCUUGUAUUAUAUGAAUGAGUGCGCUGUAUAGACUGGAUCAAAAAGCAAUUUGUCCCCUUGCUGCUAUGAGGCACUUUUUUUGUAUUAUUUCAAACCAACGGUCACUUUCUAAAAUUGGCAGAACAUGUUUCCUAGCUCUGCUGUAUAAUUAUUUUUUCCCCCACCUGUUUGUCUUCAAUUUAGACACAGGAAAUGUACUUAUGUGUUUUUUCUUUUUGUUACUGCAUGUGUGAGGGAACUGUGUCUAAUUGCAUGUAAUGCUAAGCUAACCAUUUUACCCUAAGCAAAAUGCUUGUGCAUGCUCAGUCUGAACAUGCUCAGAAAAGUCUAACGUAAACCUUGAUCGCAUCUCAUUUUGCCUCCGUGAUUUACCCUGCUGCUCGGAACAAUGAUGUAAAAUCAUAGAAGCCUCAGUCAAGAGUAAAUGGAAUCCGGUUAGUGCCUCCCCCAGUGAUCACUGUAUGAUUUGCAUGCAGAACCUUUCUGCGCUAGACCUGACCCCCUCUGGUUUUAAUGGGUAUUGUGAAAUGCUAAUCCUCAUACCUGCUAACCAGGAAAUCUAGUUUCUGUGAGCUGAAUCUCAUUCAGUAGAAAAAAAUGCAGUAUGCCACUGUGGUACUAUGCAGACCAAUGUAAAUUAUCAGAUCGACCUGGAGAACUCUCACAGUCACAAAGGCCAUCUCCCACUGUGACUGUCUUCACCAAGGACAUGGCUGUGCCACUCGUCAUUCUCUGCAUGUGACUGUCUGUACAGCAGCAGCUGCAUGAUUUUAGCUCUCAGGCUGGUGGCAUGCUGUCUUUUGUUUCCAGGAGAUUCAAGCACAGACAAAGCAAGCACACACUGUUUUUCCACAGACAAAGCAAGCACACACUGUUUUUCCACAGACAAAGCAAGCACAUACUGUUUUUCCACAGACAAAGCAAGCACACACUUUUUCCACAGACAAAGCAAGCAGUGCCUGUUCCCCCCCCAUCCAUUUAUUUUCUAUUAUCUUAUGCAGUUCUCGGGUAUGUUCAGCUAUGGUUUAUUGUCCCAGAGUGCCUGCUGUGUGUGUGAGAGCGACAUACUUGUUUAUUCUAGCCUCUUGUCUGUUAGAGAGAAGGCAAGUUCCCUCUGGUUAAAUCUUCAUCUGAAAGGGCCCUUUAGUGAUUAUACAAUGCCUCUGUGUCUCAGUGACGCAAACGGUUCAGUGUGUGAGUCCACAGCACUUGGCCCAGAUAAUGAACUGAUAGCGUCAUUGUAUUGUGUCUAACCGUGAAUGCUGCAUGACGUUUGUAACAGUAACAGUAGCCCUAGUACUAGACGAGCACUUGUUUAGCACAAUACAGUGGUGUAGCUAUGUUGUUGUUUUAAAUCAAUAUUCAUGACUCAUUGAUAAUUGGCUGAACCUUGGCUUAUUUCCAUUUUAAUGCAAGUAUGUUAACAAGGUAUUUCACACUAUUUCAUAUUCAUUUAGUGUUGACCCCCCCCCCCCCCCCCCCAAAAAAAAAAAAUAGUCUGCAAUUUGUUCAUAUUUGCAAUGCACAAUUCUAUUGAAUAGUAUUUACUAAGGAAGAUCUCCAUAGACAACAUAUCCGGUAUUGAUGUUGUUUGAGCGUGGGCCCAUGCAUGCAGUUGUUUGUAUAGCCUACUUCAGAGGUAAUGGCUUUGAGUAGAACCCGUGUGUAGCCUACUAACUGGAGUUCCUGCUGAUAUUUGGACUCCUCUUCUAGGCACCUCCUUGAAGUCCUCUUAUUUACUCCAGUGAGGGCUUCAGCUUAGCCAGAUCCUUUUAACAUGAUGAGACUGUUUGGUUCCUGUUCAGGUCUGUCUGGCCACUGACUGAUUUAGUUAGUAGAUUACAGUCUGACUAUAGCGCUUCAGCUGGCCCUACUUUAACACGCUAAUUUCAGCUAAUUUUAGCUCCUACUAUGCCAAACUCCAUAGCCAUUCAAUACAUUUUAGUAAUUUAGCAGACGCUCUUAUCCAGAGCGACUUACAGUAGUGAGUGCAUACAUUUUCAAAUUGUUUAUGCUAUUCCCCUGUGGGAAUCGAACCCACAACCCUGGAGUUGCAAGCGCCAUGCUCUACCAACUGAGCUACACGGGACUGGCUAUGCCCAUUUCUGUGUCAAAGCUCCCAAAUGCUCUCAAUGGUUUACCUUUCUAUGCCCAUUACACUAAAUUGAUAUUUUGAACAAUAAAGGUAUACACACAGUAUAUUUUUCUGUGAUUUCGAAAUGGGAAAGUGAAAAUUUACUUAAAAUUUUAAUUUUACGUAAAUUGUUCUAACCAAAGCCUUUUCCCUCCAUUCCUCACUGCUCAAGAUGUCUGUGUGCCUCAAAGAACACAGAACACCUUCUCUGUUCGUAUAUGUAAUUGUGUGGGGGUGUUUGUCUUGUUUGUAUGUCUUUCCUUCCCUGAUCCAGAUUGGAGGUUGCUGUAGCCUGAAUGUCUUCUGUGUACGAGAGAACAGGCUUACAAGGAUUCCCUCUGAGAUCUCUCAGGCCUCAGAGCUGCAUGUGUUUGAUGUCUCUGGAAAUAGGUAGGCUGCAUAAAAAUUCAAUGGCACUUUGUUAACCCUUUGAUCAUACACACAUUAUAUCAUAUACAUUAUUUACAUUUUAUUAUACAUCAGACCAAGUAAAGCUUUUAGAUGUGACAGGUGCUCACAGUAAAUCAUAAUAUUUGACACCAACAUACUCGUUCUUAGCUGUCCACAAAUCAAUCAGGGUCACAAAACAUAUUGCAAUAUUCUCUGAAGCCUGUCUAUAUCAUGUCAUCGUCUCUCUCCAGACUGCUCCACCUACCCGUAUCUCUGACCACGCUGCGACUCAAGGCCCUGUGGCUGUCAGAGAACCAGUCCCAGCCUCUGCUCACCUUCCAGAAUGACAUAGACCCAGAGUCUGGGGAAAAGGUGCUCACCUGUGUUCUCCUGCCCCAGCAGCCUUUAGAACCAGACAGUAAAGGUAAGGGCUUCUCAAGGGCUUCCAACUCAGUGGCCUUGUGGUUGGAGUGUCCACCCUGAGAUUGGAAAGUUGGGAGUUCGAUCCCCGGCCGAGUCAUACCAAAGACUGUAAAAAUGUGACCCGAUGUGUGUCUGCUUGGCACUCAGUAUUAAGGAGGUAGAUUAGGGGUAAGGCCUACGAUAGACUAGCGCCCUGUCCAGGGGGUGUACUUGUACAUCAAGCUGCCUCGCGCUACAGAAACAGGAGAUCUGCUCCUAUGAGUCGUUCCACUUCGCACAAUCCAAGGCUCGUGCAAGGCUACUUACCCUCGGUCUGGCUUGGCUUGGUUUUGCUGGCAUAUUGGCUCAGUCGAUUCCCUGUACCAGACCAAUGCCUACUUCUCACUUAAAACAUGUGUUUUUGUUUUUAAUUUCCAUGGUUUUUACACCGGAAGGGGAUUUUCUGUUAAAGGUGCAUUAUACAACAUUUCCACAUGCAAAGCCUGAUUCUUCUUCUUAUUUUUUAUAACUAAAAGGCUGUCAUUGGCAGUGAUAUUGUAACCUGUAAUGCGGCCUCUUACAAGAGUUCUGGAACUUAAUAGCACAGGUGGUGUGUUUGCAUAACUGCAAGGGUUGCUGGUUUAAAACUUAGUCUGUUGGCUGUUGCCAUUUUUAAUAGCUCAAAUCAGUUUAGAACUAACUAUUAAAGUACACUAUAUAUACAAAAGUAUGUGGACACCCCUUCAAACUAGUGGAUUCGGCUAUUUCAGCCACACCCGUUGCUGACAAGUGUAUAAAAUUGAGCACACAGCCAUGCAAUCUCCAUAGACAAACAGUAGAACGGCCUUACUAAAGAGCUCAGUGACUUUCAACGUGUCACCGUCAUAGGAUGCCACCUUUCCAACAAGUCAGUUUGUCAAAUUUCUGCCCUGCUAGAGCUGCCCCGGUCAACUGUAAGUGCUGUUAUUGUGAAGUGGAAUCGUCUAGGAGAAACAACAGCUCAGACGCGAAGUGGUAGGCCACACAAGCUCACAGAACGGGACCGCUGAGUUCUGAAGCGUGUAAAGAUCACCUGUCCUCGGUUGCAACACUCACUACCGAGUUCCAAACUGCUUCUGGAAGCAACAUCAGCACAAUAACUGUUCGUCAGGAGCUUUAUGAAAUGGGUUUCCAUGGCCGAGCAGCCGCAUACAAGCCUAAGAUCACCAUGCGCAAUGCCAAGCGUCGGCUGGAGUGGUGUAAAGCUUGCCGCCAUUGGACUCUGGAGCAGUGGAAAUGUGUACUCUGGAGUGAUGAAUCAUGCUUCACCAUCUGGCAGUCCGACGGACCCUAUCUGGGUUUGGCGGAUGCCAGGAGAACAUUUCUAACAGCAAAUAAACACAUUUAUAGUGGCAAAUUAACACAUUUCUAGCGGCAAAUGUGUUAAAAUUAUAGCCAUGGUAUAAAAGGGAUAAUCAACUCGUGCUCUAUGCGUUCUCUGGAAGAUAAUGCAACUCCUUAGGUCAGUUCGACUCCGCUAACGCGUCGUGGAACACACCUCCCACGUCGUUCAUUAUUUUCCAUAGAACACAUAGCCCCUCGCUGAUUAUCCCUUACAUAUAGGAUGAAUAAUUCAGCAACGCUUUAGGCUAGAUACAAGCUGUAAAAGGCACAAGAAAGAUGCGGCUCUAGUGUAAUGGGGAUAUCUUUGUUUAGUCUGUAUGGCUGAGUUAUACGACCUUCAAAAGUCAAUUACUUAAAACCGUUUUCUUUUACCUUGCUUUCAAUGGGAAUUGAGUCAUAAUUGAGCUAUUCACCUUCUGAAAACUGCAAAGAGUUAGUUUUGACUAUCCACGGUCAAUUCUACACACACUGUAGCUACAGUAGUUGCCAUGUUAACCAAACCAUCAGUCCUAGCUUGCCAUUAUGGAAAUCUAAUUCAACAAUGGCAAUAAUGUUUUCAAUUUGUCUUUUGCUUUCAAAAGCAGCUCAAACAUAGAACAUGUAAGCAUGAACUAUAGCCAUUGAAUUCUACUGUGCAAAUAUACAGUGCGUUAUAGGGAAAUAAUGCAUGCUCUAGAAUGCCCUUCAAGCCAAUCAGAAACAAGUAUUCAGCAAUGCCAUGGUAUAAAUGUAUUUAUAAACUGGGUGGUUCUAGCCCUGAAUGCUGAUUGGCUGAAAGCCGUGGUAUAUCAGACCGUAUACCAUGGGUAUGACAAAACAAGCAACUAAAAGCAACUUUCUAAACAAUGUUUUGGUUAGUUUCUAGCUUGUUAGCUAGCUAGCUAAUGUUAAGUUAGCUGGCUAGCCAGUUCAAAUAAUGACCAUAUCAUAUAGCUGACAACGUCUUCACUUUAGCUUAUUUUUCUUAAUUAUUACAGGAAAAUAAACUCACAACAAGAUCCUUAUUUACAAGUUAAUGGUGAGGCAAUUACAGAAAAUAGUUUACGGUUGUGAGUGUGACGAAAUAAAAGCAGGGCAUUCUACCAGAGAAUUUUAGAACUUGGACACUGUCUCGUUGGCCUAACGUUAUAUCCUAAUUAGACUUUGGUGCAGGUCAUGUUCUUCACAUUACCGUCUCUGGUUAACACAUACUAUAUCAAAUAAAAUCUGUUUUUUUGUCACAUGCACAGGAUACAGAAAGUGUAGUGAAAUGGUUACUUGCAUAGUAGAGUCUUUUUGUUUAGACAUGUAGCUAGCUAGCUAAACAAUUAACCAUAAUCACAACUCCUAACGUUACUACCCUGCAUGAAUCUGCAGGUAGCUAACCAACCAGGUUCAAUGUUUGCCUAAAGUUAGCUAGCUAGCUAUAACUAGCAAUGCAAAUGGCUCUGAGAUACGAAUAAUAUUACUACACAGAUCAUACACGUAACGUUAGCUAGUGAGCCAGACAGCUAAUGUUAGCUAUCUAGCUAACAGUACACUUUAACUUGAAAUAAAAAUGACUUUCUGAAUAAAUUAGAAAUGUAUAAUAUCUGAAAAUGGAGCUAGCUAGACUAUCUUACCCUUAUACAUGGAUGGAUGCUUCUCCCUCUCUGUCACGGAUGCCCUGGUCGCCCUUAGUUUGAAGAUGUAAUCCGGAGACGGGUGUUUUAUACAACAGCCUUCUGUGUGUUCUCUUUUCGACUCUCUGCAUAUUUGCAAUCAAACGCCAUAAUUUUCUCAGUCUCCUUAGCUGUCAUUCUCUAAUUCCACCGGGCAUUCCACUGAUUUCAAAACUCGAGAGGAACACUUUUGCAGUUCUACUACGUGAUAUCUUUCAAAAAAGCCGCAUUAGAAAUGAUUACCUACACAUACUGACCAGCUCAUGUUAUAGACAGAAGUGUGCUACAAGGCAGACCAAUCUGAACUCAUCUCUCGGCAUGUCCAGCCCACUCAUUAACUCAGCCGAUCAUGGCUAGCGGGAAGAUUCCUGUCUUUUUCCGUGGCUAAACCAACUAGGCUUGUAAUUUUAACCAUUUUAUUUGUAUUUACAGAUGUCAUACGUCUGUUAUUAAGGCAAAUGAAAGUUCACAUGUUCAAGAAGGCAUUUCUGCCCCCCAAAAAAUUUUGAUUAAAAAAAAUAAGUUUACGUUCAACUGCUUGUGAAGUUGUGAUGCGCGACAUACACCUAGUUUCCUGAAAGGAGUCACAUUAUCAUCACAGCAGUUACUUGUAUGUACCGGUAUGUUAGCUAGCUACCUAACGUUAGUUGGCUACUAAUACAUCGAACUUGACAGUUUAUUAACUAUAUGCUAUCUAACAACUACCCAACGUUUAUUGACUUGAUUAUUCACGUCAUGCUUAGCUAAGUGGCAUAGUUGUUGUUCCUUGUCAAUGGACAUUGUUAAUGAAGUUGUAACACAUCUAGCUAGUCAUUUGAUAUGCUAACCAUCUAGCAAGAAGUUGCAUAGCAACAGCAUCAACUUCCUUUAGACAGGCGACGCGCUAGUACACUCAACUGAAAGGAUACCGUUUGUUUACAGUAUACUAAAAUGAUCUUGUAGUAUAUAGUCGUUAAGUAUGUAGUAUACAGUAUGUUGGUAUGGGUUUUCGAACACAGCUAUAGACUUAUGACUGGCAGCCUGGUGCAGCAGCUGUGUUGUUGCUGAACAACCAAGUUGCUCGACCCCGGUGUUAGAACUCUGAGCUUCGGCUGAAAAAUAUAUUAGCAAUGUCAUAAAUACUACAUAAAUGUAGCACAUCGUUGGUUCUCUAUUGGCACGUGGGGGCGAUAAAUUAUACAUUUAAUCAAAACUGUUGUCCCUACAAACUUCUUAUUAAUUCCGAAAGGUGGCAAGUCUAAUGGUCACUUUAUGGACGCUGUAGUCUUGUUCUGAUCCGAUACCUAGAUAUUGUGCUAGGUCGGAACUUCUUUUUUUUUUCAUGCUCACGACUAUGUUAAAAAUCGGGUAUGUGGUUCUCGUAAUGGCCGGACGGCUCCAAUCAAGGUGAUUUGCAAAUUGUCAUAGACAUUGGUGUCAUAUUGGCUUAGAUAUGAUGGUAAGGAGAUUUGAAUUGAACAUUGAGCUUCAACUAUUGUGACGCCGGCGAAUCCUACAAGCAUUAGAUUCUCUCUAAGUGCCUCGUGGUUUUGAUCAUGUUAUCACAUGAUCUGCACGGAGGAGCACACAGUGUCCUGCAUCCCUGCGUCUCUGAUCCAUCGCUGUAUUGAUUUAGAUUAAGAGGGGCCAGCUGGGAUCACAGAACCUAUAACUAGAGCCCUGCAUGGGAGAAUUUUAAGGCCUACCCAUGCCCGCAACGUUCAUGCCCUACCCAUGCCCGCAACGUUCAGGCCCUACCCUACCCAUGCCCACAACGUUCAGGCCCUACCCAUGCCCACAACAUUCAGGCCCUACCCUACCCAUGCCCACAACGUUCAGGCCCUACCCUACCCAUGCCCACAACAUUCAGGCCCUACCCUACCCAUGCCCGCAACGUUCAGGCCCUACCCUACCCAUGCCCACAACGUUCAGGCCCUACCCUACCCAGGCUCGAUUGCCUCUGCGCUGGCCGAAAUCAGAAAUAACUUCCUCCGUUAGUAUCCCUGCGCUGCUCGUGCUGCAUGCGCUCUGUGCAUGGCUCUGCAUGUGUGAGUAUCCAUAGCAACGCCCCUUCUUGCUGUUCUGUUCAAUGACGAGACAGAGCAGUUAGCUGUAAACUAGCUACUUUUCAUCACUGUAAACUCAGACAACUCAUAAAACAUUAUUAUUUUCGCUAAAAUAAUCUCUCCCGUGGACUCAAACAAUGUUCUGGUCUUAUAUUUGACGAGGUUGAAGCACUUCUGACAUCAUGAUAUGUACUGCGCAGCAGAGCAUGAGCAAAUGGCUCAGCUUCAAAAUGUUAAUCAAUUUAUUGAUACCCGAGCCCUUCCCGAACCCUAGUUAUUGAUUUAAAAAACGGCCCCAACUGGCCCAAACCCAAUGUAUAAUGUAGGGGCCCAUCGGGCUAGGGUCGGGUAGCAGAGCUGACCUGUAACCGUUCUGGUUCUUGGCAUACGCUGCCCCCCCCCCCCCCCUCCCCUUUUACUCCAGUGGAUUGGACAACUAAAGAAGCUUAGCCCCUGACUGGCCUGCAGCCAUUAAAAGCUUGCUGGGUGAAGUGAGGAGAGGCUUGCUCACUCACUCAGCUGAGUCCUGGAAUAAUCUAGGCCUGAUCCAAUUGUUGAUUGUGAUUAUUUUUUUGCAAUCUCCACAACCUGGUUGCAGCACCCAUAUGUCAUCUUUCUGAUCUGAUUCAUUUAAUUACAGCGUGUGCUCCUUGUUAUGACCUUCCCCCUUUAGUAAUCUCUGAUUUCUCUCGGAAUGAGAGGACUAAAUGUUUAUGUUCAUUUCUGUAACCCUCGUUCACUUGCUGAGCAGCAGAUGAGGAUCUAAGACUGUGAAGGUCAAGUCUGUGAGCGGGGGGCGGGGGUGGAGAUUGUUUAGCUGUAAGCUUGUGACUAAGCUGGGAUUUGAAACUGUGAUCUACCCGGUUCCAAGCUCUCAUUUAUGAGCAUUGUGUCACAAGCUGCACAAACUCUCAGCACUGUGUCAUGGGGGGGGGGGUUGCAGAAUGAGAGGUGCAAACACGUCAUACCAAACGUAUACGCAGAAUGAGAGGAGCAAACACGUCAUACCAAACGUAUACGCAGAAUGAGAGGAGCAAACACGUCAUACCAAACGUAUACGCAGAAUGAGAGGAGCAAACACGUCAUACCAAACGUAUACGCAGAAUGAGAGGAGCAAACACGUCAUACCAAACGUAUACGCAGAAUGAUAGGAGCAAACACGUCAUACCAAACGUAUACGCAGAAUGAGAGGAGCAAACACGUCAUACCAAACGUAUACAUUUUAAUCUGUUGAAUUAAGGCCUACAUUGUCCGAAUGUGGUAGUUUUCACAUAGGUCUUACAUUUCAUGGUGCACGUCAUUUUGAAAAGCCAAUUAUUGCUUAAAAUGUAAAUGAUUAAUAUCCUCUCACAAGCAUACAGUUGAAGUCGGAAAUUGACAUACACCUUAGCCAAAUACAUUUAAACUCAGUUUUUCACAAUUCCUGACAUUUAAUCCUAGUAAAUAUUCCCUGUCUUAGGUCAGUUAGGAUCACCACUUUAUUUUAAGAAUGUGAAAUGUCAGGAUAAUAGUAGAGAAUGACUUGGAGAAGAUCUGCAAAGAGGAGUGGGACAAAAUCCCUCCUGAGAUGUGUGCAAACCUGGUGGCCAACUACAAGAAACGUCUGACCUCUGUGAUUGCCAACAAGGGUUUUGCCACCAAGUACUAAGUCAUGUUUUGCAGAGGGGUCAAAUACUUAUUUCCCUCAUUAAAAUGCAAAUCAAUUUAUAACAUUUUUGACAUGCGUUUUUCUGGAUUUUUUUGUUGUUAUUCUGUCUCACUGUUCAAAUAAACCUACCAUUAAAUUUAUAGACUGAUCAUUUCUUUGUCAGUGGGCAAACGUACAAAAUCAGCAGGGGAUCAAAUACUUUUUUCCCUCACUGUAGAUGUCCUAACCGACUUGCCAAAAGUAUAGUUUGUUAACAAGAAAUGUGUGGUGUGGUUGAAAAACGAGUUUUAAUGAUUCCAACCUAAGUGUAUGUAAACUUCCGACUUCAACUGUAUGUAAUGUAUCCUGUUUUAGGCUUAGACAACCUGGCUCGCUGCGGUGCUCUGGAGAGCCUGGUGAAUGACAUGGUGGAUGACACCUGGGACGACAAGGCCAUGAAGAGGAUCAGUGCCAUCCACUUCCUGGAUGAUAACGAUGAUGAGGAUGAUGAAAAGGUGAGAUGAAGGACGAUAAGUGUGUGGAGAGAGGAGCAUGUGAAAGGGAAUGACAGGAGGCGAUGGGGUAGAAAAGACUGAGGUUGUUUGAAACGUCAUAACUGUCACAAGGGUCGUUUGAAAAAUCAAAACUGUCACCACUCACAAUGGUUGUUUGAAAAGUCAAAACUGGCGCGGCGCCAAUCACUAAACAAAGAAAGAAUAGAGAUGCCGCUUGAAUUAAUGUUCAACUAAUAUAAAGCCAUGAUCAUCGUUGAGUCCCUUAACUGGUUGAAAACUAGGUUUAAUCUUUCAGAUCUUUUGAAUUAUGUCCAAGUAUACAAAACAUUAAGAACAGCUGCUCUUUCCAUGACAUAGACUGUGGUCAACCUUGUCCGGAUGUGGUAGUUUUCACAUCUUACAUUUCAUGCAUGCAUUUAAGCGUCAUUUUGAAAAGCCAAUUAUUGCUUAAAAUGUAAAUUAUUAAUAUCCUCUCACAAGCAUACAGUUGAAGUCGGAAGUUUACAUACACCUUGUGGUCCUCUGUAGCUCAAUUGGUAGAGCAUGGCGCUUGUAACGCCAGGGUAGUGGGUUCGAUCCCCGGGACCACCCAAUAUUAUUUAUUAUUAUUAUUAUUGUUAUUAUUAUUACAGACUGACCUGGUGAAUCCAGGUGAAGGCUAUUAUUCCUUAUUGAUGUCACUUGUUAAAUCCACUUCAAUCAGUGUAGAUGAAGGUGAGGAGACAGGUUAAAUAAUGAUUUUUAAGCCUUGAGACAUGACUUGUGUAUGUGUGCCAUUCAAAAGGUGAACGGGCAAGACAAAAUAUUUAAGUGCCUUUGUACGGGAUAUGGUAGAAGGUGCCAGGUGCGCCGGUUUGUGUCAAGAACUGCAAUGCUGCUGGGUUUUUCACGCUCAACAGUUUCCCAUGUGUAUCAAGAAAGGUCUGCAUCCAGCUAACUUGACACAACUGUGGGAAGCAUUAGUCAACAUGGGCCAGCAUCCCUGUGGAAUGCUUUCGACACCUUGUAGUCCAUGCCCUGACAAAUUGAGGCUUUUUUGAGGGCAUUUACAUAGUGUAUUUAUCUAUGUACUCUAUGUAACAUAUUAUAUACAGUGCCUUCGGAAAGUAUUGACCCCUUGACUGUUUCCACAUUUUGUUACGUUACAGCUUUAUUCUAAAAUUGAUUAAAUAUUUUUUUUAUUUAAUCCAUUUUAGAAUAAGGCUGUAACGUUACAAAAUGGGGAGGAAGGGGUCUGAAUACUUUCCGAAUGCACUGUAAUGCACGGCAUAAUGAGAGACCUGUUGUAGAAUCUGUCCGUCUCUCUAUUUGUCUCUUCACUGUCCCUCUGUCUCCUCCCCACAGGGAAGGCUGAUGCGACAGGCCACUCCUCACCCAGGCGAGCUGAAGACUAUGAAGAAAGCGGUGGAGAACCUCCGCAAAGACCUGAACGCUGCCAAAGCCCUGGAUUCCAACAAAAACGAGGUCAAUAACGCUACAGUCACCACGUCUGUGUGACUUCUACCUCAGAAACAUUCUGAUCUCCUGUGUCUUUCGCCAUGUUCUCCUACCCCCUCUGCAGCCUACCUAUCUCUCCUGUGGCUCAACCCUGGGACUCUGCUGUGAUCCUCUUGUCCAGUACCUUACUUAAUCUCCAAUACCCACCAUGGUAUCUGGCUCAUACUACCAGGGCCCAUGUGCCUUCUUUUCAAACUGUUGUGCUAUAUUUUUUAACAUAGCAAUAAUCUGCACAGGUGUGGUCCUUUUCAAAGAUAUUUUUAAAAUAUAGUGCUUUUUAAAGAUUUAUUUCUACAUUUAAAAAAAUAUGGACAAUAGGUAGUUGCACUACUGUAAGUCUUUAGUAUAUUAAAUAUUGUUGACAUCUUCAUAAAUAUGAUAUAUAUAUAUUUGUUCUAUUUUUUUUUUUUUUAGAACACAGGGUGAAUUUUUAUUGUAGAAAAUUUGGGGAUACUUAAAACCGAGGAGUGUUUUUCACCUACUGAUUUAAGGAUUAUUGUAUAGUCAUUUGUGAAUAUUGAUACUUUUAUACUUUUUGGCAGCUCAGAUGGUGUACAUUUAAAACAAUGUAUAGCAAGUUUCUUAAUCUAUCGCAGAAUUUUUUUUAAACGUUAUAACUUGGUACCUAUUUUAUUUCCUUUUAAGUAUUUUCCUUUUUAGUAAAGAAAUGAACAAAAAUGCAGUUGCUAAUGUCUUAUCGAAACAAUGUAAUUGUCUUUGGGUGAGUAGACAGCCUCAAAUCUUUUCUACGCCAUUGUUUAACUUCUUUAUCAAAUCCUAAACUCAUUUUGAUAUAGACACGUUUUGUAAUUUAGUAAUUAAGGGCUGAUAAUGAGGAACAUGUACCUUAACCACUCUCCCACAACAGAUUGAGUGGAAGUGACAGGGCUGUCUUACUUUCUUUUAUUGCGCUUUACUGCGUUGAAAUGUUUUCUUAAAUAGAUACUGGGCGGCAGGUAACCUAGCGGUUAAGAGUGUUGGGCC